AUGCAACUUGAAUCGAUCAUCCUGUGCGCCCUCGCGGCCGUAGUCGGCGCAGCUCCUCUCGACGACAUGGAGCAGGGCCGUCGCGGCUCUGAACCCGCGCCCGCGGCGUGGAGCGACUACGCCAUCGUGCCCAUGACGUGGGACGUCAAGGUGCGGCCCGACGAGGAGUCGAUACAGCUCGAGGGGACGGCCCAGGAGGUCUACCGCCGGCUGGUGGAGCUGAACCCCAACUACGACGUCGACUUUGCGAACGCGACGAGCGCGGACGACGCCGGCGAGGGGGAGCUCCAGCGGCGGACUGACUUUCGCAACUCCAACAUCAUCUGCUCGGACAGGUCGCCUCCGUACGCGCCGUUUGGGCGCAUGGACGCCAGGUCGUACUACGAGGCCAACAACUACCUCGGCCGGCUGAAGGGUUCGCCGACGCUGGAUGCGGGGCCGAGGGUGUGCGGCCGGGUGAGCUGCAGCUACGACGGCGCCGUCUACGUGUGCAACGAUUAG